AUGGACAAAUCGUCAAAAUACUUCACCCCAAAUAGAGUAAAGAAAAUACAAAUAAAAUAUGAAGACUCGCCAAAUAACCAAUAUAACAAUAUAAUAAAAAAUGACAAUGAUAUACUAAAUAGUCAAUAUAAAACGGAUUGCCUGAACAGUGAAAUUAAAAAAGAGCAAUAUGACAAUAUAGAAGAAGAGGGAACAAAUCAUAAAAUAAAUGGCCCGAAAAAAUCGGAUAGAACAAAAAGAAAAGCAAUAAAAAGUGAACAAAAUGAUGAAACUAUUAAAAACUUAAAAAAUGAAAAUGAUAUAGAAACGAAAAAAAAAAUAUUCACGAUAGUAUAUAAUAAAAUAAAAGAAAUGAGACAAAAUAUCGAUGCCCCAGUUGAUAAAUAUGGGUGUCAUAUGCUAAGCGAAAAAACUGAUGAUUUAAAAACAUUUCGAUUUCAAACUUUAAUUUCAUGUUUAUUAUCAUCACGAACAAAAGAUGAAGUAACCGCUAUGGUAAUGGAGAGACUAAAAAAACAUGGACUAACUGUUGAAAACAUAUUAAACACUCCUGAAGAAGAAUUAAAAAAAUUGAUAUAUGGAAUAGGAUUUUAUAAUGUUAAAUCAAAACAAAUUAUUCAAAUUUGUAAAAUUUUAAAAGAAAAAUAUAAUUCAGAUAUACCACAUAGUUAUGAAGAAUUAAUGAAAUUACCAGGUAUUGGAGAAAAAGUUUCACAACUUAUUUUACAAACAGCUUUAAAUAAACAUGAAGGAAUAGCUGUUGAUAUACACGUGCAUAGAAUAUCUAAUCGUUUAAACUGGGUUUAUACAAAAAAUGAAUCAGAGACACAAAUUAAAUUAAAAAGUUUUGUGGAUAAAGAACUUUGGUCAGAAAUAAAUCAUUUACUAGUUGGGUUUGGGCAAGUAAUUUGCAAAGGAAAAAAACCAUUGUGUGAAAAAUGCACAAUUACAGAUUAUUGCCAAUAUUACAAUGAUAAUUUUGUCACGAAAAAGAAACAGAAAAAGGAAGAUCACAGUGAAUAG